AUUACAUUUCGUGGUUAUGUUGUUACCGGUGAAGGAGGCGUGUUAUAUGUUACUUUGAGGAAUUGUUUGAAAAUUUCGUACGUCGUGGGAAAUGGAGACGUUGAGUGUUUUAUAGUUUUAAAUGAGUAUGAACUUGUUUUACGGGUGUCGUGAUAAACAUUUUUGUGUCCUACGGAAUUAUUUUGUGUUUGUAUAGCGUAUAGCCACAGAAUUGUGGGAUCUUGGCACUCAAAUGUAGAAUUUGUGUGCAUCACUAUUAUUUAUUAUUUUUUCAUGUCCCACAAGGUGUUGUUGGUAGUGGUGCUGUUGAUCACCAUUGGCAUCAACAUCAUGUUUAUUCUAGACACAAGUCGCAGGUUGCAAGAGGAAGCUGCUCAUUCAGGUGAAGCAUCAAAGUAUAUUAAUGGUGAAAAUAGAAGAAACAGCAUGAAACUUCAAGAAAGUCAUUCUAAAUCAAUAACAAUAGAGGUGCUCUCAAGUCAUUCAAAAGUUUCUGUCUGUGUUGAUGGCACAACUAUUUUGGAAGAUGGAGAAGAACACAAAGGAAGAGGUAUUCAUGUUUUGGUACUGAAUCAAGCUAGUGGUAGUGUAAUGGCUCGAAGAAUCUUUGAUACAUACUCCCCUCAUGAAGAUGAAGCUAUGGCACUUUUGUUGAAUAUGGUCUCAGAUGGAAGAAUAGUUGUUUUUGCUAUAAAGGAUGAAGGCACUUUCCAAAUGAAGCAGCCCGCUCGAGACCUGCUGAAACGCCUGGGAUCUCGAAGAGCUCAGAUGAUUGGCUGGCGGGACAUGUGGGCCAUGGUGACGCAGAAAGCUGGCAAGAUGUACGGAGAGUUGUACAGCAAGAGCAUGGAUUUCAACACCUGGGGUGCCCCAGUUGUCCUCCAUGUUGAAGUACCUCUGGUAACGAUUGAAGAAAGUGAGUGUGAUUGGUCGGACACGGAAGAAAACAGGAGACGAAGAGAGUUUUGCAAUCACGUUGAAGGCUAUGGAAGUGUUUGCAGUUGUUCUGAUCCUGCACCCUUGACUUUCCACCCUGAGCCAAUUGUUAACAACAAUGUUUAUAAUGUUCCAGUUGCUAUUAUUGCCAGCAACAGACCUCAUUAUUUGUACAGGAUGCUACGGUCACUUCUAUCUGCUGCUGGAGCCAAUCCAGAAAUGGUUACUGUGUUCAUUGACGGCUAUUUCGAUGAGCCACUGGAAGUCACAAAACUUUUCGGUCUGCGAGGGAUUCAGCACGCACCAAUAGGUGUGAAAAAUGCCAGGAUAUCGCAGCAUUACAAGGCAUCUUUGACAGCUACGUUUAAUAUAUACCCUCUUGCCAAAUAUGCCAUUAUCAUUGAAGAAGACUUGGAUGUAUCCCCAGACUUCUUCAGCUAUUUCAGUCAGACCCUUAGGUUACUAGAAGAGGAUAGCUCAGUUUACUGUAUUUCUGCAUGGAAUGACCAAGGUUAUGAGCAUACAAGUGACGACCCGACGCUUUUGUACCGUGUGGAAACCAUGCCAGGUCUGGGCUGGAUUUUGAAACGUUCCUUGUAUAAGGAUGAACUGGAAUCAAAAUGGCCAACACCAGAAAAGAUGUGGGACUGGGACAUGUGGAUGCGACUUCCAGAAGUCCGCAAAGGAAGAGAGUGUGUUAUUCCAGAUGUGUCCAGGACAUAUCAUUUCGGAGCAUCUGGUUUGAAUAUGAAUUCAUAUUUUCAAGACGUCUACUUCAAAAAGCAUUCCUUCAACACACAACUUUCUGUAAAGCUGAAAGACAUUGACAGUGUUAAAAAAGCUAAUUAUGAAGAUUUAAUAGUAAAACUUAUCAAAAAGGGAACAAUUUUAGAUCACAGUAAAUCUCCGUGUGAAGAAGACUUCAUUUCUGGCAAAAAGGGUGAUGUUAUCAUCAUGUUCAUUAAAAUGGAAGAGCCAAAAGACUUCAUAACGUGGCUGCAAGUAGCAAAGUGCUUCAAAAUUUGGGACCUAGAUGCAAGAGGCUAUCACAAGAGCAUGUGGAGAAUGCACAUCAGAGGACGUGAGAUGCUAGUUAUUGGAGUUCCUAACUCAGAAUAUGCGAAAUACAAGCCUUCCAAUGUCACUCCCAUCUACCUAGAGCCUCACAAAGACAAGCACAAACUGAGGUAGCAGAGCCUGUGAGAUGGAGAUGCAGUCUCCAACCUUGCCAUGUGCCAUUAUUUGCUUUAUUUUAUGUUAUUGACUUAAGAUAUGGUCUUGCCACAGUCAAGCUAUAUUUAGUCAAAUUCUCAUUGCCAUAUUAAUAAGCAAUUGCCAUGAAUGUGGAAAAUGUGUGCAAACUGACAAUAAUAGAUUUGCUACUUUGUGAAUGAAUGCCAAAGAUUGUAUACAUCUUUAUUUGGCUGUUUUUCAUACCUUUUUGUGAAAAGUAAUGCUAUAAUGUAUGCAUUUUCAAUGUACAUUUUAAUUUUUUAUGUUGAAAUUUAUAGUGUGUACGGAAGGAGAGUUGUUGAAGCUUCGGUGACCAAAAAUUUUGCAAUAAGUUUUAAGUCAAACUAAAUGUGCUCAUGAAUAAAGUUGAAAUAUUGGGAACAUUUAACAUAGUUUUUACCAACAGACUGAAUAAUAUAGUUGGUUUGAUUAAAAUUUAAAAAGUUUGUGAAAAUAUUAUAAAUCAAAGUGUCAUUAUAAUAUUAUGUUACAAGCAUUUUGCUUACUUGUCUUGAUAAUCUGUUUUAGAAACAAAAAUUUAUUUUCAUACAGAAUAAAAUUAUCCUGUCUGUACCAAA